GGGCUGGGUGUGAAGGGAGGCGGUAGAGAGGCGGAGGGAGCCCAGAAACAAAGUCCUCCCAUUGGCUGUUGAUGUGUGGUACCCAACGGGAAGCGGACGGAGGAGAAUAAUGUGGUAAUGGAGCGAUCGCUAUCACCGGGCCACUGUGCGUGCUUGGGACCGCUAAACAUGCUCAUCGGAUGUACUGACUGCUAAAUAUGCCAGUCACGUCUUGGAUGUAACGACUCGCAGUUGGAGUAUGAUUCACAGACAGGUUAUAUUAUCCCAGGAUCUGCUGUGCUUUCAGUUGGACAAUCAUAAUGCUGCUGAACCUGUGUAGUGUUAAGAACCUGUACCAGAACCGGCUCCUGGGUCUGGCGGCCAUGGCCUCGCCAACGCGGAGCUCCCAGGGCCGGCGCCGGUGCAAGGAUGGGACCCGGUUCAGCUUCAGCCCCGAGCAGUAUCUAAACGGCGGCCACGACCCACUGGCGCUGACCCGCUCCACCAGUGACACGGACCUGGUGUCGUCAGACAGCCGCUCCACGAUCAUGGUCAGCACCUCCUACUACGCCAUCGGUCAGUCCCAGGACAUGGUCAUCUGCUGGGACAUCAAAGAGGAGGUGGACCCCGGGGACUGGAUCGGCAUGUACCUCAUCGAUGAGGUCCUGUCGGAGAACUUCCUGGACUAUAAGAACCGCGGCGUGAAUGGUUCCCAUAGAGGCCAGAUAGUGUGGAAGAUCGACUCCAGCUCCUGCUUCGUUGAAUCCGAGACCAAGAUCUGUUUUAAGUACUACCACGGCGUGAGCGGAGCACUGAGGGCCACCACACCCAGCGUCACCGUAAAGAACUCUUCAGUGAUGCUAUUAAAGCCCGUGGCCUGUCCGGAGGUCACCCAGAGUCUGGGCAGCAGGCGCCUCAUCAACUUCUCCCUGUCAGACUUCCAAGCAGUAGGACUGAAGAAGGGGAUGUUCUUCAACCCUGACCCAUACCUGAAGAUCUCCAUCCAGCCCGGCAAGCACAGCACCUUCCCUGCCCUGCCCCACCACGGCCAGGAGAAGAGGUCAGGGAUCGUCUGCAACACCAUCAACCCUGUCUGGCAUCGGGAGCGCUUCAACUUUGUGUCACUGCCCACGGAUGUGCUGGAGAUCGAGGUGAAAGACAAGUUUGCCAAGAGCCGGCCCAUCAUCAAACGCUUCCUGGGCAAGCUGUGUGUGCCCGUGCAGAGGCUUCUGGAGAAGAACGCCAUCGGAGAUCGUGUGGUGAGUUACACCCUGGGUCGCAGGCUGCCGACGGACCAUGUAAGCGGACAGCUGCAGUUCCGCUUUGAAAUAACCUCCUCUAUCCACCCAGAUGACGAGGAGGCGUCGCUCUGCACAGAGCCGGAAUGUCCCAUCGUCCCUGACAACCAGCAGGCCGAGGACAACCAGGAGGAAGACCCAGCCGUCGCCAGUGAUGACGAUAACCCGCCUGCCGACGACACCAUGAGCCUGGGGCCCGACAUGCCGGAUCUGCCAGAGGACGGAGCCCCAGAUGGAACGACGGAGCUUGUGAAGGAGGACGAGGAGGAGGGCGAGGAGGAGGACGAGGAGGAGGAUGAGCUCCCGCAGGCCUCCAGUCCCACGGCUGUGGAGCCUAACCCCCCAGCUGCUGUAGACGGAGAGCCCGAGGAGGAGGCCCCAGAGGUGGGCAUGGAGACCCAGGAGGGUGUGGGUGAUGGAGAGGAGAAUGGGGAAGUAGAGGAGGGUGCCACCUCCACAGCACAGCUGGAGGAGGAACAGGGGCCAGCUGCUGAGGAGGUGGUGGAGGCAGAACAGCCAGGAGAGGGGGCAGAGGAAGAGGAAGAGGGGCAGAUGGAGGAGGUCGAGGAGGAGGGUUGUAGUGCCCCUACAGUGGAGGGUGGGGAUGGCAGUGAGCAGCAGGGGACUGUGGAGGAAGCAGAGGCAGCAGGUGGGGAGGAAGAGGGCGCAGAGAGCUCCUGUCCGCAGGCGGAGAGGCGAGGCGAGGCCGAGGGGGCGGCCGAGGCCGAGGGAGACGCCGAGCAUGAGGCCAAGGCCCGCUGCCUGCGCAUGCGAGGCGUCCUGAAGCGCAAGAACCGGCCGUGCUCGCUGCCCGUGUCCGAGCUGGAGACGGUGAUCGCGUCGGCCUGCGGCGAGCCCGAGACGCCGCGCUCACACUACAUCCGCAUCCACCAGCUCCUCCACAGCCUGCCCUCCGCCCACCAGCUCCACAGCAGCUUGGACGACGAGGACGAGGACGAAGGCCUGGACCCCGAGACCUCCACGGACACCACCACCUUCAAGCCCACGGAGGUCAAGAGAAGAGGAGAGGAAGGCGGGGAGGGGGAGGAGGAGGAGGAGGUGGGCAGGCGGGAGGAGGAAGAUGAGGAGGAGGAGGGCUCCGAAGCACAGUCGCCCUCCACCGUCCCAGCAUGCCCGGGCCCGUGCUGCAGGAGGACGCUCCCGCGCAGCCUGUCCAUCGAGCGCCUGUCGGAGCUCAACCAGCUCCUGGAAGGAGAUCGCCCUUCCCUGACCUCCACUCGUUUGGACAGCGAGGACAGAGGUUGUAGGGGAGGAGGUGGCAGAGGUCCGAGGGAGAGUGAGUGCGAGCUGUGCGACAACUCCUGCUACAGCACCUCGUGCUACAGCACCUCCUGCUACAGCACCUCCUGCUACAGCAACUCCACGGGCUACGAGGGCCGGCCGCGUUUCUGCAGUCACACGCGCCUCUCCUCCGUGGACAGCGCCCGCCUCUCCGAGAGUACCGUCUUCUCCUCGCAGGAGGAAGAGGAGGAGGACGAGGAGGAGGACGAGGAGGAGAACAGCGCCUUUGAGUCAGCGCCAGACUCGGUCCAGAGCCCUGACAGCAGGGACAGGGGCAAGAGGGGCGAGAGAGGCGAGACGGACGAGACAAACCAUUGGGAGGAGGAGGCGCAGCAGGGGGGGCUCAGGUGCAGGAGGGAGCGAGAGGAGUCGCCGGUCGCGGGGCCCAGCGGCCAACCCUCAGACUGGGAGGCCCGUAUAGACAGUCACGGGCGGGUCUUCUAUGUGGACCACGUGAACCGCACCACCACCUGGCAGAGGCCCACGCAGGCUGCCAAGUGCACCGGCAUCCAGAGGUCCAACUCCAUCCAGCAGAUGGAGCAGCUGAACCGACGGUACCAGAACAUCCAGAGAACGAUGGCCACAGAGGAUGAGUGUGGCCAGAGGAGAGCCGAGCGGAACAGCAGCACAGACACGGAGACAGAUGCGCCCCCUCAGGCCACAGAGUUGAGAAGAGAGGCUCCUUCCUCACCAGUGAACCCCCAGAAGGUCACCAUGCUGCUUCAGUGUCCAGCAGUCAAGUUCAUCACCCAUCCAGAGUUCUUCACCAUCCUCCACGCCAACUAUGGGGCCUACAGGAUGUUCACCAACAGCACCUGUCUGAAGCACAUGAUUCUGAAAAUCCGUCGGGAUGCACGUAACUUUGAGCGGUACCAACACAACAGGGACCUGGUCAACUUCCUCAAUAAGUUUACAGAUACACAAAUGGAGCUUCCCAGGGGCUGGGAGAUCAAGACGGACCCACAGGGCAAGUCCUUCUUUGUGGACCACAACAAUAGAGCGACGACAUUCAUCGACCCGCGGAUCCCCAUGCAGCACGGCCGUCUGCCCAACCACCUGACACACCGGCAGCACCUGCAGAGACUGCGCAGCUACAGUGCAGGAGAGGCGUCCGAGGUGUCCCGGAGCAGAGGGGCUUCGCUGGCGGUGAGGCCUGGGAACAGCUUGGUAGCAGCCAUCAGGAGUCAGUACCAGCACGACUCCACGCCUCUUGCCUAUAAUGACAAGAUUGUGGCCUUCCUGCGGCAGCCAAACGUCUUUGAGAUGCUUCAGGAGCGGCAGCCAAGCCUGGCCAGAAACCACGCUCUCAGGGAGAAGAUCCAUUACAUUCGGACGGAGGGCCCCCCAGGAGUGGAGAAGUUGUCCUGUGACGCCGACCUGGUCAUUCUUCUGAGCUUGUUUGAAGAGGAGAUCAUGUCUUACAUCCCCGUGCCAUCCUUCCACCCUGGCUUCAGCUUCUCUCCACGCUGUUCCCCUGGGUCCUCACCGCAGAGCUCGCCAGGCUUGCAGAGAGCCAGAGCACCCGCCCCGUACCGCAGAGACUUCGAAGCCAAGCUGCGCAACUUUUACAGGAAGCUGGAGGCCAAGGGCUAUGGCCAGGGGCCAGGAAAAAUCAAACUCCUCAUCAGAAGAGAACAUCUUCUGGAGGGUACCUUUAAUCAGGUGAUGGCCUACUCUCGCAAAGAGCUGCAGAGGAGCAAGCUCUACAUCACGUUUGUUGGAGAGGAAGGUCUGGACUACAGUGGGCCUUCUCGGGAGUUCUUCUUCCUGUUGUCUCAGGAACUGUUCAACCCUUAUUAUGGGCUCUUUGAGUACUCGGCCAAUGACACCUACACCGUCCAGAUCAGUCCCAUGUCCGCCUUCGUAGAGAACCAUCUGGAAUGGUUUCGGUUCAGUGGUCGUAUCCUCGGCCUGGCUCUAAUCCAUCAGUACCUGCUGGAUGCCUUCUUCACGCGACCCUUUUACAAAGCUCUGCUCAGACUAGCGACAGACCUGAGUGAUCUCGAGUACCUUGACGAGGAGUUUCACCAGAGCCUGCAGUGGAUGAAGGACAAUGACAUCACUGACAUCCUGGAUCUGACCUUCACGGUCAAUGAAGAGGUCUUCGGACAGGUGACAGAGAGGGAGCUGAAAUCGGGCGGCUCAAACCUCCAGGUGACGGAGAAGAACAAGAAGGAGUACAUUGAGCGCAUGGCCAAGUGGAGAGUGGAGCGGGGAGUGGUGCAGCAGACGGAGGCGAUGGUCCGAGGUUUCUAUGAGGUGGUGGAUUCCCGGCUGGUGUCUGUGUUUGAUGCCCGUGAACUGGAGUUGGUCAUCGCGGGGACGGCAGAGAUCGACCUGAUCGACUGGAGGAGCAACACGGAGUACAGAGGUGGAUAUCACGAUGGUCACAUUGUGAUCCGGUGGUUUUGGGGUGCAGUGGAGCGCUUUAAUAACGAGCAGCGUCUGCGUCUACUGCAGUUUGUGACGGGCACGUCCAGCGUUCCGUACGAGGGCUUUGCCGCGCUGCGUGGGAGCAACGGUCUGCGUCGCUUCUGCAUCGAGAAGUGGGGCAAAAUCACUUCACUACCCAGGGCUCACACGUGCUUCAAUCGUCUGGACCUCCCAACAUACCCUUCGUUCACUAUGCUGUAUGAGAAGCUCCUGAUUGCUGUGGAGGAGACCAGUACAUUUGGCCUGGAGUGAUGCCCUCAAGUCUGUGUGGGGGCGCAGUGACUGGCAUCUUUUUUUUUAAAUGUGAAUAUGAUUUUUUCGAUAACAAAAAAAAAAGGUGUAUUCUCACUUUAUUUUUUACUAAAUCUACCAGAAGAUUCUUACAAAACAAAAACAAAAUGGAUCCACAGAGACUGAUUACUGAAAACUUCUGCAUGUUAUGUACUGUAAUGAAUAUGUGGCGUAAUUGUACAUAUUGUGCUGUGGGGUGGAUACGAGGUAGGCUUGCGUAUGUCAAGCUGUGGGCACUAGUUAUGACCGGGCUCCAGCCUGAGCUAUAUGCUGUCCACAAACCUCUGCUGUAGCCCUGCUGUUCAGGCCAUCAUU